CAGCUCCAGGCACCCGCCAUUUUAAAAAUGGCGGCUUCACUGGGAGGCAUGUUCUCUGGACAGCCACCCGGACCCCCGCAACCUCCGCCGGGGCUCCUGGGCCAGGCUUCGCUUCUUCAGGCCACGCCAGGCGUUCCGAGAACUUCUAACAGUACCUUGGUGGACGAGUUGGAGUCAUCUUUCGAGGCUUGCUUUGCUUCUCUGGUGAGUCAAGAUUAUGUCAAUGGUACAGAUCAGGAAGAAAUUCGAACUGGUGUUGACCAGUGUAUCCAGAAAUUCCUGGAUAUUGCAAGACAGACAGAAUGUUUUUUCCUACAAAAAAGAUUGCAGUUAUCUGUCCAGAAACCAGAUCAAGUUAUCAAAGAGGAUGUCUCAGAACUGAGGAAUGAAUUACAGCGAAAGGAUGCUCUGGUCCAGAAGCACUUGACAAAACUAAGACAUUGGCAGCAGGUGCUGGAGGACAUCAACAUGCAGCACAAGAAGCCAGCCGACAUCCCUCAGGGCUCCCUGGCCUACCUCGAGCAGGCGUCUGCAAAUAUCCCUGCACCGAUGAAGCAAACCUGAGGAAAGGCCACCUGCACACUAGCUGGUGCCUGAGUCAGCCCAAACACUGUUUUGCUAAACAUCUCUUCUUGUAGACUUGACAUUUUGGGAGAACUCUUUGCCAGAGAAUGAGAUGAUUUUCGUUUUGUGCUCUCACCUAAAAUUUUCCCCUUAUUUUUCUAAGUGUUAUUUCUUGAGUACUUUAUAAAAUGCUUAUUGCUGUGGUAAACCAAGUAUAUUGUCAUUAGCAAAGUUUAAGACUGUUAGUGUGAUGCUAUUUACAGAUUUCUUUUAUGUUGUUGUUUUUUAUGCUUGCUUUUAUGUUGUUUUUAUUUUUGUAUGACUCAAUUUCUCUGUAUUUCCAGUUUUAGAUUAGUUUGUAUGAUAUGAUCUGAGCUGCAUAUCAGAGGAUGAGGAUUUUGGUUGUAGGCUUCCAUGAUAAUUUACUGUUCAAUGGCAGUCUAUAAAAAUAUGCAAAUUUUCUGUUUUUCAAGACUUUGAACUACCUCAAGAAGAGGAGUCUAAUGCACAGUGUAAAACUUCCAGAGCCUCACAGUGAGAAUAUUUUAUAAAUAGAUCAGAAGAGGAAGAGGAUUAUAAUAUCAUAGGUUAGUAUAGUGACUGUUGCUGUACUGCAGUAACCUAGUGCUUUAGAAAUCCAGUAGCAUCCUUGAAUCAAUGUUGACUUUUAUUUGGGAUAAGUUUACCUUUUGUGUAGGGUUUUAUUUACUUUUGGGGCGCAGUGGUGGGAGCAGUGGUAAUGCUAGUGGUGAGAUAAGCAGUACUGAUGAUUGCUUCUGCGAUAAUGGAUCAGUUUAACGCAGUGGACCCUGCUCUCAACAGAGGCAUUGGUGAAUAUGAACUUGCUGUGAUCAUCUCUUGAGUUUUAAGUUUUGUGUGUUCUGCUCUUUUGGAGCAGAUUUUUCUGUUAACAAAGGUUCUUGCUAAUGGUGUUGAUUCCAAGGGACUGGGACCUUGAAGUGGGAGGUGGGCUGUAGGGUGCAUAGGAGACUCGGUGUUGGGAAGAUAUCUAAGCCUCUGUUGGCCACAAAGGCCAUCUCGGUUUCUCUGUUGAACUGUUGUUGAGAAAUACAAACCGGCAUUGUGCCCUGUCUCCUUAGAUAAGGCUUUCCUUUCUCUGUUGUUUACAGUCCCUCAUUAGAUUACACCCCACCACCCUCAACCAGUGCAGUACUGUCUUCUGAACAGGCAGUACUUCUGAGACUCAGUGUCUUGGCUGACUUUUUUUUCUCUGGUCUUGAAGGCCCGCCCCACCCACCUUGACAUCCACUCAAGUUUCCGUCUGGCCUGGAUGCCACCUGGUCUCCACAGCCUCUGAAGGGCCCUCCAUCACAUCCCCAGGACAGAGGACCUCUUGUUUCUUCUGCCAGCGUUACUUGGUUCUCCCUCUGGGGUUAGAGAUCUGUCUCUUUGUUCUCAUGAAAAGUAGCCAUUAUUCCCCUCUGAAUACAGAGGAACCAUGUGUUAUUUUUUUAUACAUAGUAUUUGUUUUCUUGUGCUUUUGUGUAUGGUACAUAGCCUGAGGCCAACGAAUUCCUUCAGUCAGAGUGUAUAGGUAAAGCUUUUAAAAGUUGUUUUUAAUCACAUUAUCUGAUGUCAAGGUUGUUAACCUGGUCACCUUAUGCCAGUCAGAAACUGGCAACUUUAGAGUUCUUGAUUAAACACCUAACUGAUAGCAUUUUAGACAUUCUUUCAGUAAUGAAGAGGUUCUUAGUGAAAAGUUCAGAAACUUCUAUUUGGUGCUUACUAAAAAUAUUUUGAACUAAUGGGUGUACCAGUUAUUACGAUUUCUUUAUAAAUUCAAAAGUUUUCUGUCAAAUAACAUUUCACUAAAUAUCUUU